AUGGCCGACACCUUCGACUCCUCUGAUGUGGAGUACGAGGCACCUGUGCCCAAGCUGAACAAGAGCGCCGGCCAAGCCUCUAUUGCUCGCCUUGUACAAGACGGCGAAAACGAUCGCCUUACUUCAAAGAAGACCGUCAAACAGCUCACUUUUGGCUCUGGAGCGAAGACAACUCGGUACCAGCAAGCUCUCUGGGUCAACCGCUUCGAGGUCUUUCGCGAGCACACAUUAAAGCAAGCACUUGACAAGCCCUUUAAGGCGGAUGACUUGAUCCGCUUCCUUGACACCAUUCUCAGUAAGAAGAAACUCAAGCUUCGCCGUGGGAAACCCGCACCAAACGAUGAUCUUGCCUGGGACGCCGCCAAGAUUAUCAUCUCCUAUGGUUCCUUCCGUUGGGCAGAAGAAGAGGGCUUCAAAUUCAAAGAGCAGCAUCGCCUUCGGCUCAAGACCUUUGUCGACGAUUGCGUUCGAAGCGGCCGACUCACAGCCGGCAAUUGGUAUAAGAGGACAUGGAUCGGGUUCGUCACGUUGUCACGCAUGGUCCGGAUGUUUCUCGCCGAGGCCUCAGACAAAGGUACUGCCAGUUGGGAUCUCACGAUCUCGAGAUGCCUAAGUAUCGUCAUAGUCGGAGCACUUGGUUGCCGUGCCGGCGACGUGGCGAUAUCGAGAGGUUACGAUGGCAACGAGUACCUACAAUACCAGCACAUUGAGCUCUUCCUCGAGGAGAACGACCAGUCGAGUCCCACCCAGCCAGCGAAAUUGGACGACGUCCGAGCUGUGAUCACUCUACAGUACACCAAGGGAAUGAAGAACCGAGCGGAGAACUCACCUGUCAAGUUCCUCAGCCCGCUCCUUGAUCCGAGCUGCUAUCACGUCUGCCCAAUUACUCUGCUACUCAUACAUGCUCUCCGUCACGGUAUGUUCGAAGGUGGUCAAUUCCGAUCUAUCCAGCAAGUCCUGGAUCAUGCAGCCCAGCGACCCGACCGGAAGAUUGCUUGGAAGUAUCCGACACGGCCUCUUCUGCCUAUGUUCCUCAAUGGUCCUCUCCGGUGCAACUUGGACAUGCCUGCGCCGACGAACCAACUCCUUACGACCAUCAAGAGUAUGGGUCAGGUUUCUGGCAUGCUCGAUCGCGCGUAUACUCACGGGCUUCGUCUGGGUGCUUCUCGCGAUCUUGCGCACUUUGAGUCGAAGAAGUCUGCCGAGCUCCUAGGUGCGGGAGUUGCACACGACGAGAUCAGACGAUCCCUCGGCCAUAAUUCAACGACCACGGCAAAAGGCACAACUGAUCGCUACAUUGGUGACACCGGCGCAGACUUUUAUCAAGCACGCGCUAGCGCAAAGCCUGGAGUGGCUGGGAGUGUUCGGCGCGGUCGUUUGGACAAGCUUCGCGAUAACGUUAUGCAAGAACCCACACGCUCCCGUCAGCAGGCGUCUGUUGCCUCUGAGCCGUCACCUCUCCCUCAACAGAUGAGAAGAACCGGCAAGACCCUGGCACGUGCUCCACUGGUCGAUCUGUCUUCCAAUACGCCCGUCAAGCGGAAGACUUUGGACGACGUCCAAGAUGCGCCCAGUGCCAACGGCGAGGACAUUUCCAUUGACCCCGUCUUGCUCGCCUAUGAUCAGCGCUCACUCAAUGUCAGCGACGCUCAGCAAAUGAGUGAUGAGGUCCCCCAAGACGUCCAGGCACUCUGCAGCAUCGUCUUUCCCGAGGGUGGCGAUACGAUUGAAGCCACUACUGAAGCUCCUCCGAUGGUCGAUGUCGCCGACCUCGAGCUGCAAGACGAGGUUGCACGCUGCCUUGCUGGCGAUGAUCUGUCACCCACAAAGAACUCUGGUGUUGCCUUUGUGGACGCCUAUUCUUGCAUCAACGUCGUCAGCAAUAUGCAUUUCGCGCAGACGUGGAGCAAGUAUGAACCAGGCAGCGAGGGCUCCUUCCAGCAGACGAUUGGAAUGCAUAGCACUCGCGGCCAUAGCAAGGACGAUCCGACGCCUUUCCAAUAUCGAUGCCGUGUCUCCCCGGAAUGCGAUCAUAUGGAGCUACUGCUGCACAAACUGGAGAGACAUGAAGCACGCUGUACCAAAGAGACGUCGAGUGCUAUGAACGAUGCCCUCGCCAUCGCUGCUGCCAACCAGAGCAAGCUCGAAGCAGGUACCCUCAGCAACGACCGGCGCUGCUCCCAACCCGAUUGCUCGUACGUCGUUAUUGGCAAACCUGACGACCAGGUAAAGGCUGCCAUGAAGAAGCAUGUCUACAAUGUUCACGAUUGGGAGCCCAAACCAUGCGAGCACGGCUGUGAACCAGAAAAGACGUAUGCAUCUCGAUCCUCGUACACUGCGCACAAGUCGAAUAGCUACAGUGGCCGGUGGCCCACGCAUUGUUCGUUCCCAGGCUGCACAGAGACGAAGACAUUCAACGGCCCUGCCACCCUUGGAGAUCAUCUUUCUCGCAAGCAUGGCCUUGCUAGUGCAGAUGAGCGAAAGCCGUAUUAUCCGGCGGCAGCCUCUGGCAAACCAUCUGGCAGGUUUGCGGCACAGAGCUGCAUUGUCACCGGAUGCGAGAGCGAGCAGACAUUCAAGGCUGUGAAGUCACUCCAGGCGCACUUGGUCUCCGCUCACUCGAUGGAGGAGACUGCUGCUACGACGCUGAUUCAUCAGAAUGCGCGGUAUGAAUCAGCUGCCUCUAGUGGUAAAGGACCCAGUUCGCGACAGGUCAUGAAGGCUUUGGAGUCACAGGCACCGCAGCCACCGGCUGCAAAGAAGAGAAAGACUUGA